AUGGACGCGAACUUUGAAUUUCCCAAAGGAUCGGCUAUUCUCCGUGCCGUCAGCAAUGUAUGGCCGCUUGUGGUGCGUGGGGUUCGGUGGUCGAUCGGAGAUGGCACAACAGCUCGGUUUUGGCGAGACAUUUGGACCCACAGCCCGCGCCUGCUACUUUGUGACGCGCUAGGCCCGAUUCCCGAACACCAACUCGAGUGGAAGGUGUGUGAUUAUGUCGAUGAAGCGGGUCGCUGGAAAUGGAAUCUCUUUGGCCACCUCGUGUCGGCCAGCUCUUUGCUUCGUCUCGCUGCUACUUUGCCGCCGUCGGGGAUGGCCGGGCCUGACACGAUGUAUUGGGGUUUCUCGGAGAAUGGACUCUUCACUACCAAAUCUGCUUACGCGUCCCUGCUCCCUUACUCUCCGACAAGAGAUCGGGCCGGAUGGAGAGCAAUCUGGAAAUGGACUGGACCGCAGAGGGUUCGGCAAUUUCUCUGGCUUGCUGCCCAAGAGAAGCUGUUAACGAACGUGGAAAGACACCGACGGCACAUUACACGUUCAACCUUAUGUCCCUUAUGUGAGCAAUUUCCGGAAUCAACGUUACAUUGCCUUCGUGACUGUGUGGGCGCCAAGCAAAUUUGGAUGACCUUGAUCCCUACUAAGAACCACUCUGCGUUUUUCUCGAUGCCAUUACGAGAUUGGAUAGUUCAGAACCUACAAAAUGGGCUCUCCAUUAGCGUCGUUGCGUGGGAGACGAUUUUUGGUGUCACGGUUUGGCAGAUAUGGAAAGGAAGAAAUGACAAGAUUUUAUCAGACAUGGAGUUCAUCGUAUCCAAUAAAAUUCGGGAUGUUCUGUCCUUUGUUCAUGGGAUCCAACUCACAAGAUCUAUUGAGCACCAUCUUGGCGGCUUCGGCGCGGGUCGGGGAGUCCACCUCAUACGAUGGACUGCUCCUGCAAUGGGAACUAUCAAAAUCAACACGGAUGGCUCACUUUUGACUUCGAGUGGGAUGGCGUCUGCUGGAGGAUUGGCUCGCGAUGCCGAUGGACGGUACCAAUUAUAUCAUGUGCACCACAAGAACACCAACAUUGUUGAUCAAUACACACAGCUGAAUCAAUAUCCUGACGUACUUUCCAAAUGCGUUACCCAUAAAACCUCCGUAAGACACCGUUUUGAUGCCCGGCUGCACCUAAGCAAUAACUCAAUCGGGUGGACUAAUUUCAAGUACUGGCCGAAGGCUGAAUUAGGGUUCCGAUCGAGAAACUCCACUGCCCCACCGACCUCAGACGCCGAAAAUCCUUGA